AUGGCGAGACUUCCGCUGCUGUUGGGAGUGCUGGGCCAUUGCCUGGCAGAGACUGCGCCUUUCCAGUGUGCUGAGGGGCAGGCCUGCGAGCCGGACAGGGCGGAGCUGCUGCAGCGCAGGGGAAGGAAGCGCCGCGAGAACGUGCCCACAGGUCUUCACAAGGUGGAUGGGAAGUCAGUGUAUCUGCUGAUGCCGGACCGCUUUGCCCGGGAGGGCGGGCUGAGCGACGGAGACGAUUCCGCGUGUUCCGGGAGUAUUUGGUGCAACGGCACCUUGAAGGGCAUCACCGCGCACUUGGACUACAUCCAGGACCUAGGCGUGGACUGCAUUUGGGUCACCCCAGUGCCCGUGAACUUUUAUGGCCCCGACGGCGACAGCGGUUAUGGCUACCACGGCUACUGGGCCCAGGACUGGUUCAAAAUUGAGCCGAACUUUGGCACAGCGGAGGACAUGAAGGAACUCGUGAGGGCCACCCACGAGCGCGGCAUGUGCUACAUCCAGGACAUUGUGCUGAACCACGUGCGGCCUUUGCACUCCUCGCAAGACCUCGCCAAAGUAAAGCCCUUCAACGAGACCUCUUACUUCCACCUGCUGAAUAUCAGUAACCAGACUUUUGACGAGUACACCUACAAGAUGGGCGGCUGGCCGUAUCCCACGCAGGCCAUCGGGGCCGGCGCCCAGUGCUCGCUCCAGUUCUUCCCGGACGGCACGCCGGACGGCACCAACAAUGGGACCUACUGCAACAACUACCCAGGCAACAAUUUCUCCAAGGAGAACUACUUCGGGGAUAGGGCGCAUGGGCCGCCGUAUCUGAAGUACUGCAGCAUCGGGAACUAUGUUUGUGAAGGAUACGACGAGCGCGUCUCGGAGCAGGGCUGGUUCUACGACCUUGGGGACCUGAACCAAUCGGUGGACUUUGUGCGCCAGACCCUGAAGGACUGGGUCAGUUUCAUGGUGGACGAGUACAAGUUCGACGCCAUCCGUCUUGACACCACGCCCUACAUGACCAAGCAGUUCCUCCAGGAGGUGCAGGACAUGCUCUUUGAGCUCGACAACCCGCUGGUGAUCCUGGGCGAGGUCACAGCCUCCAACAUCAGCUUCCACGCCUCCUACCAGUGGCAGGACGGGCACCGUGUCUUGGGGGGCAUGGAGAACUUCCCGCUCUUCUACACCGCGGUGCCAGGAUACUGCGGCUGGCCCAACGGCCUCCUUUCACCCGUUACCCAGUUCGACCUGACGUAUUUGUCUGACUUCACGAACAAGCAGCAGAAGAGCGGGCUCUACACCAACACGGACCUGCUGAUGAACAUGAUGGACAACCAAGAUGACACGCCGCUCUUUAGCCUCUACCAUAACCUCGAUGAGACAGGAGGCUGCAUCGAUGACAAGAGCCGCCAGGUCAACUCUUUGGCGUGGCUCAUGCUCGCCAAAGGCAUGCCGGUGAUCACUUGGGGCACUGAGCAAGGCAACACGGUGUACCGGAACUCCCUCUGGCAGUACAACUGGACGAGAGAGACUUCGCAGUUCAAGCUCUAUGUGAACUUCAACCAGGUGCGAAAGGCCCACAACGUGGCCACCGCGCCCAUGUCGGUGGUCGAACAGCUGCUGCCUCACGCCAAAAAGGAUCGCUUCGUGUUCCGGCGAGGGCCCAGGCUUGGCAAGGACAGUGUCUGGGUCUUCACCAACAACCGCCCUGCAUCGAUGAGCACGGAGGUCCACUACUACGUGCACCUGCCCAAACCACCUCAGGGCUUUAAGUGGUACGACACCGUGGGAGGUCAGCCAUUCAGGAGGGGAAGCGUCCGCGUUACCACCUGGAGCACCUAUCCGCUAGUCCUAGUGCUGAAGCGGUUCGGGCCGGGCGACGCAGAGGUUCUGCAGUCCCGCAGGCUAAAGAAACAACUUUGA